CUCAGUUCAGUGCGGUUUCUAAACUGUUGCACAUCGGGUCGUAUCUGGUGGUUUAAGAAGUUCAUCUUACUUGGUUCUCGGAAAUAUCUCAAACGGUUGCGUAGAAGGAAAGCAAAGACAGAAUGAAGCCCUGAUCUUCUUUGUGAAGAAAUUUUUAAGUGUGAAUUUUAAAACGGGUUUACGGGUAAAAACGAACCGAAAAAAUGGUCGGCUUAAGUUUGGACGAAGUGAAGAUUUCACUGCAAAAGUUUGGUCUGUACGACUAUGUCGUGUUUGUGCUCAUGCUGGCCAGUUGUGCCAUGAUUGGAGUGUACUUUGGAUUUAUCAAGAAAAAGGCCCAGAAAGGGGGCGCCGAAUCGGACUAUCUGGUUGGUGGGCGCCAAAUGAGCGUUAUUCCGGUCUCGCUGUCACUCAUUGCUAGUUUCAUCUCGGGGAUUUCACUGCUGGGAACCCCUACCGAGAUUUACGUUUACGGGGUCCAGUACAUGUAUAUUGUCGGUGGCGUCAUCACGAUGGGAUUCAUCAUGAUGUACAUCUAUCUGCCAGUAUUUCAUAAUCUCCAACUAACUUCGACUUAUCAGUACCUUCAAGUCCGCUUCGACAAGCGAAUGCGCCUCUUUGGGUCCAUACUGUUCACGUUUGCCACGAUGGCAUGGCUUCCGAUCGUUAUCUAUGUGCCGGCGUUGGCCUUCAAUCAGGUGACCGGCGUGAAUGUGCAUCUGAUCACACCCCUGGUCUGUGUUAUUUGUAUUUUCUACACGUGCGUAGGUGGAUUGAAGGCGGUCGUGUGGACAGAUGUUGUCCAAACAGUGCUCAUGUUCGGGGCAAUGGUGUUGAUCAUCAUCAAAGGCACAUACGACGUUGGCGGCCUGUCGGUUGUGAUGGAUCGAGCCACGAGCAGCGGACGGAUCGAGGGUCCGGAUUUUCGCUUCGAUAUGACCACACGACACAAUGUGUACUCGUGUGUGAUCGGCGGAGUUGUCUAUUGGCUAAAGACCAACGCGGUCAGUCAAAACAUGAUCCAGCGGUACCUUUCGCUACCGACGCUGAGAGCGGCCAAGCGGGCGCUUUGGACAUUCAUUUUUGGGACACUCGUCCUGCUAGGGCUCUGCUGCUAUAGCGGACUGUUGAUCUACGCUAAGUAUCAUGAUUGUGACCCACUGACGACAAAACUGGCGAAAGCUAAGGAUCAACUGCUGCCGUUGCUAGUGAUGGACACAUUGGGAGACUACCCGGGUUUGCCGGGGCUUUUCGUGGCUGGAGUGUUCUCGGCUGCACUUAGCUCACUCUCCACCGGAUUGAAUUCGAUGUCCGCGGUGGUUCUGGAGGACUUUUUCAAACCUUUCUCGAAUCGACCACUCAGCGAGAAAACCACUGCGAUCAUAAUGCGAGCGGUUGUUUGUGUUUUCGGGACAAUUUGUGUCGUUUUGGUGUUGAUCGUAGAAAAACUAGGAGCUGUGCUGCAGCUUUCGAUGAGCCUGGGUAGUGUCAGCAACGGACCGCUGCUAGGGAUCUUCACACUCGGAGUGUUGGUACCUUGGGCCAAUGGAACGGGGGCGAUCGUUGGAGGAACAAUCAGCCUUGUAAUCAUGGCAUGGAUCUGCUUCAAAGCACAGAUUGCGAUCGCUACCGGGGAACUGAGCUUCGAGCCGAAGCCAGUUGAUACGCAAGGCUGCAGCUACCAUUUCAUAGCGUCCGAACCGAUGAGUAUGCUGGCGAUCAACGUAACAGCUCCACCUCCAGUCGAAAUACCAAGUGAUCCGGAGUUCGCACUGUACCACAUCUCAUAUCUAUGGUACACUCUGAUGGGGGCGCUCAUUACGAUCGUGAUCGCCGUUAUCGUUUCCUGCCUGAUGGGUCCGAACAACCCGGACGAGAUGAACCCAAAGCUAUUCUCGCCAUUCAUCGAGCGAAUUUUGGAUGGCCGACGUCGUCGUAAAGUGGCCCACAGCCAACCGCGGAUAGAACUUGGCGAACGCCACUAAAAUGCUUCUUAAACAGUGAGAAAAUCUUUCAACGUAAAAAUGUAUUCAGUUCUUCGUCAAACAUCGAGGGUAAUAAAAAAAAAGCGAAAUUAAAAGAACGUGUUCCCGAAAUUAAUGGAAGGGGUUUCAAU